AAAUUUAUUUAACUCUAAAGAAAAAUUAUGAAAAAAUAAAAUGCAAUUUUAACAAGUGAACAAUAAAUAACAACGAGCGCAGUUAUUUCGUCUGAAUCUGAAUUACAACGGGACACAAAACGUGUACAUAUCGCAAUGGGACUUGAUUUCGAUGCGGUGGAAUAUUGUAAAAAUGUGAAAAUGAAGCAAUCUCUGCCGCCGUACGCGUGUCCGGUGCCCAAGUGCGGUCGCAGUUACAAAACCGUAAUUGGCUUGCAGUAUCACCUGCUUAACUAUGAUCAUGAUAAUCCACAACCGGUAACUCCAGUGGUUGCACCAAAUCGAAAGAAAGCGCGUUCGCGGGGCACUAACCAUUUAACGAAGGGCGGCAGUGGAAAUUGCGGGGGAAAUGCUGGAGUUAGCGGGGCAGGUGACGAUGAACAUAACGGUACCAAAGGUGGAGGAGGUGCACACCGCGUAACUAAUCCCGAAUCACUAGUGUCGUACAAUGAUGAAGAACAAACAGUAACGUUUAACAUCGAUAGCAAAAGUGUGCGGCUGGGUAUACAUCAGCCAUUGCCUUUCAUUGAAAAUCAGGAAUACGUAGAGUUGGUGGACAGAGGUUGCAUUUUAAAUGCGGAUGCACCGCCUGUGGAAGAAAAUGCUCCAUGGGCUAAAGUGCAAGUGCCUGAAGCACGAUUUCAGGAAAUUUAUGAUUACAAUGUACAGGAUGCUCCUCUUCGUCCAUUGGCUUAUUAUCGCUUUAUUGAAAAAUCUGCCGAAGAAUUGGACGGGGAAAUUGAGUAUGACGUCGAUGAAGAAGACUCAGCUUGGUUAGAAUGGAUGAAUGAAGAACGGGAAAAAAGUGGUCAUAAUGCUGUCAGCAUUGAUACCAUGGAAUUAUUAAUGGAUCGGCUAGAAAAAGAAUCUUAUUUCCAAGCAGCUGCUAAUGGUACUGUAACCGGCCAUGAAGUGGAUGAUGAUGCCGUUUGCUGUAUUUGUAUGGACGGGGAGUGUCAAAAUACUAAUGUGAUUCUGUUCUGCGAUAUGUGUAACCUAGCAGUGCAUCAGGACUGUUAUGGUGUGCCAUAUAUUCCGGAGGGCCAGUGGCUAUGUCGGCGUUGCCUACAAUCUCCCAGUACGCCAGUAAAUUGCGUGCUGUGCCCGAAUACCGGCGGUGCCUUCAAGCAGACAGACCGAGGUCAGUGGGCACACGUUGUAUGCGCCCUUUGGAUACCCGAAGUACGCUUUGCCAACACGGUGUUUUUAGAGCCAAUAGAUUCCAUAGAGACCAUACCUGCCGCUCGCUGGCGAUUAACGUGCUACAUUUGUAAAGAGAAAGGCUUAGGUGCAUGCAUACAGUGUCAUCGCAACAGCUGCUACGCUGCUUUUCAUGUCACUUGCGCGCAACAGGCUGGACUUUAUAUGACGAUGGACAUGAACGAGGGCGGUGCUCAUAGUGAUUCCUCAGUGCAUGUGCAAAAGUAUGCCUUUUGUCAUGCUCAUACACCAGAUAACGCCAAGGCCAAAUUAAAUCUCAAAGAUUUUGAAGACGCCCGUCAUAAAAUGAAAGAAGCGCGUAAAGCUUUGGCAAAGAAACGCUCCUCUGCACCAGUGGUUCUUAUCCCUACAAUACCGCCCGAACGCAUUCAGGAGAUUUCCAGCAUGGUGCAUAUGCAAAAAAAGAAAGAAUUCCUUGAUCGUCUCAUAGCUUAUUGGACCUUGAAACGUAAAUACCGCAAUGGUGUGCCACUGCUAAGGCGGCUUCAGAGUCAGGGUAAUAAUCAUGGCGUCAUUCAGCGCAAUGGCAUCGAAGGGUCACCAGAUACGUCCGAGCUAUACCGUCAGUUGAAAUAUUGGCAAUGCCUGCGACAAGAUUUAGAAAGAGCACGAUUACUGUGCGAGCUGGUUCGUAAACGAGAAAAACUAAAAGCCGCUUACGUUAAAGUUUGCGAGCACGUGGUAAUGUUACAGUUGAAUCCUUUAGAAUCAGUUCUAACCAAAUUACUGGAUGCCCUGGAGGCUCGCGACACAUCAGAAAUAUUCCGUGAACCUGUAGACACAACUGAAGUUCCAGAUUAUUUGGAUAUCGUGACCCAUCCCAUGGACUUGGGUACAAUGCGAAAUAAACUUCAAUCUGGGCAGUACACUCAUUUGGAUCAACUGCAGGCCGAUUUCGAUUUAAUGAUACAAAACUGUUUAGCAUACAACAACAAAGACACUGUAUUUUAUAGGGCUGGUAUCAGAAUGCGGGAUCAGGCCGCUCCCUUAUUUCAACAGGUACGAAAUGAUUUAGCGCGUGAAGGUCUGCUCGAUAAAAGCCAGUCGGAUCAUGUUGAUCAUGUGGAGCAUGAGGUAGAAGAAGAAUUGCAGCGACUACUGGCAUCAUCGCCUUGUGAAGCUAUUGUGCAAAAGCUCUUAAUUUUGGCAGAUAAAUCUCAGGUGCUCAAGAAUCCUUCAUAUCGCACGAAGAAAAUCAAACAAAUACGCCUAGAAAUCUCACGUAUGCGAAAAUCUAUUCAAAAGGCUAGAAUAGCUGCUCGAAACAAUGCCAAUUUGAGUGCAAAUUCCCAAACAGAGGACGAUGAAGAAAUCGAAGAAAAUCAUAACGUCGAAGACAUGGAUGUUGAUCCUCCAAUCAAGCAACCGCAACUCCAAUUGCAUCAAACAUUAGAGCAAAUAACACCAAAACGAUCACGUCGGCCGCACACACUCCAAAAUCAUGUACUUAGCGAGGAUGACGAAGAGGAAAAUCUCCGUCAUGAUGAAGAUGACGACGAGGUUGAAGUAAUGGUUGAUGAAUCAAAAAGAGCUAGCCACGCAGUACAAACGCCGCCUAGUAGUCCUGUAAAAAGUUUAAAUAGUAGCGCCUCACCGGUAGGCGUUAAUCGAAGAACUGCCGUGCUGUUCACGCGUAAAGCCCAGGCAGCUCUUAAACGGCCAGCAGAAACCCCUGCAACUCCGGUUAAAGAGGAAAACACAAAUAGCAGCAGCGGUAACAUGACCGGGGUAUCCUUAAUGUCUUCAAUGAAUAGCGCGAUGACUGCGGCAGUUGUUACUGCAACGGCUCUGGGAUCCUCGGCCUUGGCGAUAGCUAAUAAAUAUAGUGGGGGCCUUAACCAGCUGACGCCAUUAUCAGCCAGUCUAAGUCAGGUUACGACAAGUUUGGCAGGAAAAUCUCCGAAACGAAAUGCUCGGCACAAACGCCUUUCGGAAAUGCGUAAUAGUGCUUCUAUGUCGCCGAAAAAAUCGCCUAAUCGAACGCCGCUGAUAUCAGCAGCCGUUGUUGCUGGCACGCAUGCACCCUCAUUGCCUGCAGUGCCGUCUAUACAAACACCUCCCGCUCCAAACUUAAGCAAUUAUGAGGACAUGCCCGACAAGUUUCUUAUUUAUCGAACGAACAACGAGCGUGAUGUCAGUGACAGCGAGGAUGACGACAUGAGCGAUAUUUCAGCCAGCCCGUGCAGUAGUUGUUCAGGUUUAAGUGUUAGUUGCUCUGGAUCAGAUUAUGAUUCAAGCGAAGACGAUGAAGACGAUGAAGAGGACGACGAAGAAGAUGAAGAUGAAGACGAAGUUGGACAAAACAAUGUUGCUGCGGCGCCGUCGUCGGCCGAAGUUGAGUCCAAUGACUGCACAACCAAGGGUGAAGGCAACGGCGGACCGAUGAGUUGCAGCGGUGAAAGUGAAAAUGAAGAAAAUGCUGAUUCCGACACACAGACACGUAGCAUCGCAAGACGAACGCCAACGCCUUCGGAAAAACGUGCAAAUAAAACAACACGAAAUAAACAAAAGAAGAAGCCGCCCUCCCCGCCAAUAGCAAAUCCUCAAACAACUACUUCAGUUAAAAGCAGUACACGUUUAGCGGUCAAUAAGCAAGCGGUUCAACGCACUGCUACACCUACACCAAAUAAUCUCCAUAGCGCGAUGAAAACGCGAAAAAGUAACAAUAAUGCAGCAAUGACAGCUAACAACAACACUGGGAAAAAUAAAUUAAAUAACGUUAAUAGCAGUUCAAUGGUUGCAACUUCAAAUUCCACGCUUAAUAGCAUAGGUGGUGAACACUUAUUGAAACCGCCACUGGAGCCGUUGCAAUUAGUUUGGGCGAAGUGUCGCGGUUACCCAUGGUAUCCUGCCUUAAUUUUAGAUCCGAAAACGCCUAAAGGUUACGUUUAUAAUGGUGUACCACUACCGGCACCACCUAACGAUGUGUUGGCUUUACGCAAAAAUUACCCGCAAGAUAUGGAAGUUUUUCUUGUUUUAUUUUUUGAUGCGAAACGCACCUGGCAAUGGUUACCGGCCAACAAAUUAGAUAUAUUAGGCAUUGAUAAACAGUUGGAUCAGCAAAAACUUGUCGAAUCGCGCAAGCCUACGGAACGAAAAGCGGUAAAAAAAGCCUAUCAGGAUGCUUUGCAUUAUCAGAGUCAGGUUUCCGAUCUGGAAGGUCAAGGACCUGAUCCGAUUAUGUGAAAGUGUUUACAUGUCAGUCCCGUAAUGACUGACAUUAGUUAAAAUUCGCUGUUCGAUGACUGUUUAUUAUCAGUAAACUUGGAGCAGACUACUCUCACUCCAUACUGGGUUCUUCAAUUCAAUCCGGGUUUGCAUAACACGACACGAUACGAAGAACUACAGUUUUGUAUAAAUAUGUAUUUCGACUUUUUCUUUUUUUUAUUUCUUUCCUCUUUUAUCAGCCUUUUUUGUAUAUUUGAAACUUGAUUUGAUAUAUCAUAGCCAUUACACAGCUAUUCUUGUUAUUGUAAUAUAUAUUUUUAUAAAUAAUUAUCAUCGAAUGGCGUAUAUCUAAACGGGAUACGCGAUUCGACUUUCUAAAUGUAAAAGAGAGUGUAUGAGAGUGGAUGAUAUUGUGGUACCUUUCCUAUUAAUGCUUUUCAUGUUUCUAAUAAAUGUUACAGAACUUUUGUGAUCCGUAAAAACUUACAACCUUUAACUGGUUUGGGUUCAAAUUUUUUUAAAAAUGUUCUAAAAAAAUUAAGCGAAAAAAAUAGUCAUCUCUCUGACUUGAAUUGUUUAUAUGUAUGCGUUUUUAAAAGCUUUUUAAAAUUUAGAAUUUUUUUUUUUAAAUUUUAAUUCCCUUAAAAUGGGAUAAAAUCCAACAGAGAAGGAAAGAUUCACAUACGCCUGUAAUAAAACGGAAGAUAAAGUUGUUUGUAUUGUUUAUUGUUAAUAUUAACCGAUUUUGAUUAUUAUUUAAUUUUUUCAUAUAUAUAUAUAUAGCGUAGUAAUAUAUAUAUACAUAUAUAUAUACCUACGUGUACGUCUCUACAUUUAAGUAUUUGAAUAUUAUAUAAAAACUUUUUACUUCUUUGUUUUUAGUAAUUCUCUCACUUGCUGAGAAUGCCCUCCAUUAGUUUAUUAUUUAAGUUUAAAAUUAUAUUUAAAACAAAACGCAAAAAAAAAACAAAAAAAAAA